AUGCAUAGCCCCGGAGGUGGUGCCUGUUUCAGGAGACAGACACGGAUACGAGCCAUGAGUCAUCAAGCCUCGGCUCGCUUGGCCUUCCCAAAGCAGAAGUUUGUGUUAGGCCCACUAGCGCUAGUCCCAUUAAAGCUAGGCUCACUUCACGUGGCUUCCAGAAGGAGUAAAAAUAGAACAAAACACGUGACUCUCGUAUUAGUCACCCACGUGGAAAGGCGGCGAGGAACAUAUCUCCGGCAGAAAAAGAUAUCAGAAGAAGACGACGAAGACGAAGACGGUAAAGACGAGGAAGAGAGAGAAGAGAAAGAAGAGAGGGGAAAAGAUGUUCUGGCCGGAGAAGAGCCGGAGAUGAUGAAGCAGAGAGGCAGAGAAAAUAUGACACAGAUUUUUAGGGCCCGGUGGAUGAUGAUGUAA